AUGCGGCUUAGUAUUACAUUUCUGUUUGCGGGAUUGGCCCUUACCACCACAGCACUGAAAUUCAAGCAGCCGCCCCAAGAUCUAUGUGUCGACAUAACCAAGCCGCUGACUGUCCAAUGGACCCGCUCCAGUGACGAUCCUCCCAAUAUCUCCUUCGUCCUCUGGAACUUUUCAGGGGCAUCGCCCGAUGUCAACGAAACCUAUCCUGUGGGCCAAUCGCCACCUCUAGUCGUUUCCACGUCUCUAGAAACCUACACUCUCCCAGCAGUCUCUGCCGAGCUUGCGACACAAUUCAGUCAAAACAACAAAGGCAUGAAAUACCAAAUCAAUGCUGUGACAGCUGGUCAGGGUCAAAUUCAAGACCAAUGGGGAUUCUUCACGGUUGCGAAGCCUGGUGGAGGCUGUUAG